GGUGUGCGCUCCAGUUCGGAUUAGCCUCCAUCCCCUCUCCUAUGUUCUCGUUCCUCCUUCGGCACAACCUCUUCCCAAGAACCCAGCGGCAUCUCUAUUCAGAGCUUUGAGCAGCCUAAAGGGAGAGAAAAUGGUGAAGUGCACAGUCCCUGGGGUGGGUGGGUGCUGGGUGCGCGGGGACACUGCCAGUCUGGCCCCGCUUUUCUGGGACUUCUUGGAGGCGGGGCGCUCUCGGCCCUGACCCCGAAGGGAGGCGGGCCGGUACGUGAGCUGGGUUAUGCGCGCUGAGGUAAAACGUACGGAGAAAUGACGGAGCUCUGGGGCUUGGAGUGGGGAGGAGAGAUGGAAGGGGAAGGGGUGUGUCUGCCUACGAAUAGGGGGCGGGGAAGAGAGAGGAUGAAUCGGCUUUGCCCAGCCUGCCUGCAGGCGGAGAUCCCGAGAGAGGGAACCCUUGUGCGCGCCUCUGGGAGAAGGGGUGGUGGAGGCGGGGACCGGGCGGAGCGCUGUGGCAGCGGCUCUCGCGGCUGCUGGAGGGCGCGUACAGAUGCGCGGGGCUGCUGCGGCGCUUCCGCCGCCUAGCUGAGCAGGAAGACAGUCAGAGGCGGAGCCGAGACCCGCGAACAGAACCAGCUCAGCCCGGGCCGAUGUCGUAGCCGCAGCCGUGCGACCAAGGGGCUUCCUGCUGCGCCCGGCCUGGGGCUAGGCGCCUACAGGAGCCGGGUGGCAGGGUUAGCGGCCGGGGAGGCUAGGAUGUAUCUUUGAUAAACUGGGGAAACGGUGGGUUUUCUUUGCAUGGGGAAAAAGCGGUGCAGAAAACGGCGGUGGCUGCAAUCGGGGGGUGUCUGUGCUUAGCUACUAUCUCCCGGUAGAUUUACCUCUGCCUCCACGCCCCUUUUAAACUUUGUUCUCCCUCCUCCCCCAGCUAGUGGAGAGAGAGGUGCAGGCUGCUUCUCGGCCCAGCCCCCUGUCUCUUAGGAUUCCCGGCUAGAACUGUAAAAACCCUGGAGGAUGGACCCAUAACUUCACGCUUUGCUAAUUGCCUAUUUACCUCCCUUUGCGGGACAGCCAGCAACCCAGCUCAGGGUUUGAUGUGUUUGUAGAAUCUUUUCUCCGUCUUCCCCCCCCCCCCCCCAUUUUGUUUUGUUUUGUUUUUGUUUUGAUCCACCUGUGUCUUUCUGCAUCUCUCCCAAACCCUGGGGCGGGGGCUGGAGGAAGACCAGCCUCUUCCUCUGACCCCAUCCUGGGGAGAGGGAGGAAAGAGGACGGAACAUAAUGAUCACCAACACUCGGGGAUUUCUGUGGUCGGACUUGGAGACUCGAGCCCUCCUGGGCAUCUGGGGCAAGGCAGAUGUUCAGUCGGCUCUAGAAGGCAACUUUCGGAACGGCCAUGUGUACCGGGAUGUGGCCUGCCGCCUGGGGGAGAUGGGCUUCGAUCGGACCCCAGAGCAGUGUCGGAUCCGCAUCAAAGGCUUAAAACGUCAGUACUACCAGACGAAGGACGGCCUCCAGAAGAACGGGCAUGCGCGAAAGAUCUGCAAGUACUACAAUGAGAUGGACCGCAUCCUGAGCUAUGGGUCUCUUAACUACUCUGGGCUGGACCCUUGCGCUGGUGGUGAUGUGCCUGCUCCUGCAAGCAUGAGAGGCGGCUCGGGCUCCUGCCACAGCCGAGCAGUGGUUGACGAGAAGAUGGACCAAUGCAGGCUGGAGUCUUCCCAAGAGAACUUGGUGGGCGAAUGCUCCUCUUUUGCCCAGCGCCCCAUCAAAGUGGAGGAUCUCCCUUUCGCCAUUCCAGUGCCGCCCAGUAGCGGUUUUAAGCGCAUCAGUGCAGAGACCAGUCCAGCACCUCUGCCUCAAUCGAAAAGAUCAAAAAAUCAUCACACCAACAUAACCCUGGACAAAAUGAUGGAGAAGUUCUUGCAACAGAGUAUGGAUACAGAAGAAAAGUUUUAUCGCUACGAAGAGCAGAGGCUUAGAAUUGAGGACAAGCGUCGAGAAACAGAACAUGCCCGAGAGAUACAAAUGUUACAAGUGCUGGGACAGAUGUUAGCUGGAAUUUCAUCAGCCAUGACACAAAGGUCACAGCCCAGACCACCCAGUCCACUUCAGAGAACAAACCAUCCAACCUAUGGAGAGAACAUUAAUUAUAAUGCUAUGGCAGCAACACUUUCUCCACCGAUAGUUUUAGAGAGAUCAUUUUCACUCUACAAAGCACACUCUGUAAAGGACAUGGAGAAUAUUUUUCAGCUGGUGAGAAACAUCAUACCCCCUCUAACUUCCAAAAAGCAUAAAGGUCAAGAUGGAAGAAUAGGCAUUAUUGGAGGCUGUCAAGAGUACACAGGGGCUCCAUACUUUGCAGCAAUUUCAGCCCUCAAAGUGGGUGCAGAUCUGUCCCAUGUAUUCUGUACUAAAGAUGCGGCUCCUGUGAUUAAGUCGUACAGUCCGGAGCUGAUUGUUCAUCCUGUUCUGGAUAGUCCUCAUGCUGUUCCUGAAGUUGAGAAGUGGCUACCCAGAUUACAUACCAUCGUCAUAGGCCCGGGCUUAGGCAGAGAGGAGGCACUCCUCGAGAAUGUCAAGGGCAUCAUAGAAAUAUCCAAAGACAAGGGUAUUCCCAUGGUCAUUGAUGCUGACGGCUUGUGGCUCAUUGCUCAGCAGCCUUCCCUUAUUCAAGGUUACCAGAAGGCAAUUCUCACACCCAACUAUAUGGAGUUCAGCAGGCUCUAUGAAGCCACGCUUAGAGCCUCACUGGAUAGCAGUGAUCAUCAUGGAUGUGUGUUGAGACUCAGCCAAGCCUUAGGGAAUCUGACAGUCGUUCAGAAAGGAGAGAAAGAUGUUAUUUCGGAUGGUGAAAAGGUGUUCGUGUGUAGCCAUGAGGGAAGCAGCCGAAGGUGUGGAGGACAAGGAGACCUUCUGUCAGGCUCCCUUGGAGUUUUAGCACACUGGGCACUUCUUGCUGGACCUGACAAAACAAAUGAUCAGAACCCUUUCCUGGUGGCUGCGUUCGGCGCCUGUUCUCUCACGCGCCAGUGUAACCACCAGGCCUUUCAGAAGUUCGGGCGCUCCAUGACGGCCACCGACAUGAUUGCCGAGCUGGGGACGGCCUUCCGCAAGCUCUUUGAAACUUGAGGAGGAGCGCCACGCCACGCCACGCUGGUGCCAGCCCUGCCUCGGCCACAGCGCCCCCUGGCGAGGAGCCGGCACUGAGGUGAAAUGUAGAUGUUUCGGGAGAGCUUGGAAUCCAGGAAGCCCUGACGCAAGAUGUAGUUGUAGAUGUGAUAAUAAAGCCGCGCUGAAAGUA